CACGCACUACAAAAACCGUGUCGUCAGCCCUGAUGGAUAUUGAAAGUCUUUCAAAUCUGGCAUUGAUGGUAUGUAACACAAGUUAUAAUUUUGAUGAUGAUGAAUAUCAACAAGAAACACCAAACAACGCUAAAAAAAAAAGAAAAAAACGAUGUGCAAAUUAAGCUUCGAUCCGAUUCAAUCCUUGUCAAUAAAGAAAUUACUCAAGAUGUCUUAAUUGCAGCUACAACUCCUCUCAGUGUAAGAACCGGUUUAAGCUAUCAAGAUCAAACAAUGUUUAUAGCCAGUAUCAUGAACUACUUAGGAGUAGAUAUAAAUAAAAUAAAGAUAAACACAGAAACCGUCAGAUUGAAGCGUUAUGAGGUUGUUCUUAUUCACGGAAAUGAAAUUAGAAAGAAUUAUAUCGAGGAAAUAAAAGGAAAAAAUAAUGUACUUCACUUUGAUAGGAAGCUAGUUAAACAUUUGCAUAAGGAAAUCCAACAAACAGUUACAAGCGAUAGAAUUGCCAUGUCUGUUACUAGUCCUGAAUUUCAAAACAAAGAUGAUCUUCUCUUAGGAAUUGUUCCAAGUGACACUGGUAAAGCACCUGAUCAGGCUUUACUAAUUUAAAAUUUAUUAAAAUAUUUUGAAUUUCAGACCAAGUAUUUGCUGUGUGUGUUGAUACUACAGCAUCUAACACUGGUAGAAAAGAGGGUGCAAUUAUAAUAUUGACAAGAAUAUUUCAGAAACCUUUAUUGUGGUUAUUUUGUCGACACCACAUACAUGAAAUAUAUAUUAAACAUAUUUAUAAAGCAAUAUCUGGAGAUAACACCAAGGGUCCACGAAAGACCCUUUACUCAAACUUUAAAAAACAAUGUGAAUAUUUUCUCCCGUUUAUAUCUACUUGUGGUGCCUCUUCUAGUUUUAAAAAGUUUGACGAGAAUACUCUCAUAAUUGGUUCUGAAAAACUAAAAAACUUUAGGAUUCAUCAACCAGGUGCCUGUCAUGAAGCUAGAUUCCUGGCAGAUGCUUUGUAUCACAUGGUUUUGGAAUUGACAUCGCCAGUUAUAAACUACUUAAAUCAAGACCAGCAGAUUCUAGUCUCUAGAGUUUGUUUAAUAACUGUUAUAUUUUAUGCUCCAGGAUUUUUAAAAUCCAGUCUUGCUGAAUAUUCAGUUUUAAAUGACUUUAAUUCAUUCAAAAUAGCAAAAAGGAAUUUGAUAUUGAUGUUGACUUCACUUUUAAACAGUUUAAAAUCUCACUCCUGGUAUUUUUUAACUAAUGCAGUAGUCAUGGCUCUUGCUGAUUCUGACCUUGAAAUCCAAACAAAGUCAGACAUUUUGAAGGCCUUGUUGGAAAUUAAUAAAGAGAAACCGCUUCCUGUUUUAGUUGAUGAAAAUACCAAACUUUGUAAACUUGUUACCCAUGAAAGCUGGUUUCUUUUUGUCGUUUUAGACUUAGUAAACGAAACAAAGACUUGGUUGGAAGCAUGCCAGAAUGAAGAAGGUUUAAACUCGAUACCCUCUUACAAGAAGUUUGUGCUUUUUAUUAAACACCUCAGUGUCACAAAUGAUUGUGCUGAAAGAGACAUUGGCCUCAUACAAAAGUUUGUGAACUCUUCACACUCUGAGGAUCAGAGACAAAAUGUUUUGCUGGUUGUUCGAGAAAACCGAAAAAAGAUUUCAAAGAAUGUUUAUCAGAAAGAUCUUGUUAAUUUGAAAUAUUGCUGUUUGAAAUGCAAACAUGCAUCAUUUUCUAAACCUUUUUGUUAAUUAUCUCAUAUUGAAGCUAAACCUUUUUGUUAAUUAUCUCAUAUUGAAGUUAAUAAUACUAAUAUUAUAAAACAGUAA